AUGGCGUCCGCUCCGACGCCCUUGACAAUAGCCGCUGGAAAGACUCCUCCCCUCGAAUCCGAAGGUCCUCUUGGCGCGACCGGGGUUGCGUCGUCUGCGCCGGUCGUUGCUCCUCCCGCUCCGCCUGUCGCCCCUGUUCCCCCUGUUCCCCCGGCUCCUGUUGUGCCGCCAGCGGCAUCUGCUCCCGCCGGGGAGCUCGCUGUUCCUCCUGUCCCUGUGCCCGGCGCUCCCGUUGCACCUGCCAUUGCUGUCCCCGGCGUGCUUGCGCCGGCGUCUGCUUCUUCCCCGAGGGCGGCGUCCGCCACCACUGGCGGCCCGGCCUCGAUGAUUGCGCCUCAGGGCGUGGAUCAGCCUGCUCCUGCUCUCCUGCCGGCGGCUCCUGUUGUUCAGCCGUCUCGUCCCCAUGUGCCUGACCGCCGUCUGUCCAGGCCCCAUUCUCCAGCGCCCCAGCAGGAGCGCGAGACGUCGCGGCGCCGGCGCAACUCCCCCCGGCGCUACCAGCAGCAGGCCCAGUGGCCCGCUCACCCGGGUGGCAAUGGGGGCUGGCGGGGUCCCCAGGGGCGCGGUGGAGGCGGGAGGUAUCGUCCGCCCGUGACGCUGGCGGACCUCCAGCGAGAAGUGUCACGGGAGGUGUCGCGCGCCGUGCGCGAGGAGAGGGCGGCGCAGAGCCAGAGCAGUUCGCUGCGGGCUGCGCCGGCGCCCGUGGCUCCCCAUCCGCAUGCCCCUCCUGUGGUUCCUCCGCCGGCUGCUGCACCUCCUCCUCUCGACCCUGCCCCUUCCGCUCCUUCUCCCUCCGUUGCGGCGCAGGAUCCCGGCUCACGCCUGCAUCUGCCGCCGGUUCCGCCUGUUGCGGGGGUGGAGUUUGUGGCCGCGGGUGGUGGCGCGGCAGCGGCUCAGUAUGCAGCUGAUGAGCCGCUCCAGUUCCUGGCGGAGGCGCUUCAGCCUCCGCAGACUCGUGUUCCCCAGGCGACUCUCGGCCAGCUCCACCGCCUGGCGGAGAGUCUUCACGCACUGCUGCUAAUCCAGGUUCUCGCUCACACGUCCCUCCCCGUGGUUCCUCCUGAGACGUUCCGCGACCGUCCGCGCGAGACCUGCUUGGAUGCGGCGGACCAGCUCGCCGUGCUGCUGGCGCCCGUGCUGGCUGCGCCCGCGGAGGGAGGCGCUGCUGCUGCGGGACAGCUGGACGAGGCUGUCCGGAGCUUGAAGCGGCAUUUGCGCGCAGGAUCUGGAGCCGCGGCGAUCGGCGCAAGCACGCUUGUGGUCCGGGAGCUGUGGCGCUCCCUGACGGGCGUUCUUCACGCCCUUGGAGCUCACCGCAUGUAG